AUUGCUGAAAUAUCUACAGCCAAUGCCUGAUUAUGCGCAGAUCCGCCGCCCCUUCCUUCAAGAAUGGAGGGCCAGGGAAGCGAAUCAAAUUCAGCAGCCCAAUGUUAUCCAACAGCAAGAAAUCCAGCCCUAUUCAGUUGCCAUUGCGGGAGCUUAAAGAUGCUGAGGUCUACCUCAAUGCUCCCACCUGUGAUAAGGAGAACACAGAAACUAAUAAGCAGCAGUCAACUCAACCAAUUCCUGUUACCAAGUUUCAAGCUCCUAUCGUGGAAACAACUGAAGUUAUCAAUCAUACAAAAAACCUAAAACCACCCUCAAGAUCAACACCAUCUGCUUCCUUAGUGAAAAAAUUUGCUCCUAGUUUCAAAUCAGAGCCUCUUACUGUCAAAAGCAAUGACUCAUGUUCAAGCUCAGAAACCAAGAAAUUUUACAAGGCUAUGUUCACAAAAUUUUCAAAAAAGAAGCAUAAAACCUGGGAUGGUGACGGGGUCCUUAUUGUUGGGGCAUCCUCGGCAGAACUUCGCGAUGAGGACAAUAAGUUUCUUGGCAAGAAGUCUCAGUGUAAAAAGGUUGAUUUAGAGGCCAUCACUAAUGGAUCAACUCUAAUUAUUGGGGGCAAAGAAGUAAUGGUUGAUGAGGAAAUUUCUGCUGAUACCUUUAAUGCUGGAACAUGUUUUUCUACUCUUUCUUCAGUACCAUUAACAAAGAUCAAGCAAUCAAGUAGUUCGAAAGGAUUUAUGUGCCCUCAAAAAUUGAGCAACUCCUCAAUUCAAGGAUCAACAAAACAAAAACCUACCUCUCGCUAUGAUCCAAACUGUCCAACUGCCAUUGUGUUAUCAAAAGAAACAGAAAAAGCAGUGGCUAUUGUUUUAGAUCCAUAUUUGGCUGAGAAGAUGAGACCUCAUCAAAUUGAGGGUGUACGAUUUUUAUUUCAAUGUGUCAUGGGGCAGGAUACAGCUGGUUCUGGAGCUAUUCUUGCUGAUGACAUGGGUUUAGGGAAGACACUGCAAUGCAUUGGACUUGUUUGGACGUUACUGAAACAAGGCCCUUUGGGAAUACCAAUCUGCAAGAAAUGCCUUGUUAUCACACCAAGCUCUCUGGUAACAAAUUGGAGGAAUGAGUUUAAGAAAUGGCUUGGAGAGGAGAGAGUGAAAGUGUGGGGUUUAACGGCUGGUGAGAGCAAUGUUCAGGAUUUUGCUGCUUCCCCACUGUACUCUGUGUUGGUCAUCAGUUACGAAAAGUUUAGGAAGAGUAUAUCAGAGAUAUUGAAGAUAGACUGGGGUCUUAUAGUUUGUGAUGAAGGGCACAGGCUGAAGAACGUGGCUGCUAAAAUUGGAGAAGCUCUCUGUCAGUUGCCUUGUAAACGUCGGGUGGUUUUGACAGGCACUCCAGUUCAGAAUAACUUAAAGGAGUUCUACACCUUGGCCUCAUUUGUAAAUCCUGGAAUCCUCGGCGGUCCCAGAGCAUUCAACAAUGUUUACGCAGACCCGAUUCAAACAUCCCUUUUACCGACAGCUAGCAAUAGUGAGGUUUCACUUGGCAAAAGUCGCUCUGCAGAACUCUCUAAGAUAACAUCCAAAUUCAUUCUCAGGCGAUCGAGUAAAAUAAAUGAAAAGUACCUUCCUCCAAAAGAAGAAUGUAUCCUAUUCUGCAGAGCUAGUGCCUCCUUGCAGGAAAAAUACAUGGAUACACUUAACAAAACCUACUUACACGGAAUUGCCAGCUCGGAUAUUCUGAAGCUGAUUUGCACGUUAAAGAAGCUAUGUAACCACCCUUGUUUGGUUGAAGAAGAACUAGAAGGAGUUAAAGAUGUGAAGGUAUCUGACAGCAGUAAACUAAUUGUUACAUCAACUCUUAUCAUCAAGCAGACCAAACUGGGGAACAAGGUUGUCUUGGUCUCAAACUAUACCCAGACGCUAGACGUGCUUGGAUACCUUUGUGAUAGUCUGGGACUGGAAUAUCACAGACUGGACGGUAAAACGCCUCAAUCUAAACGACAAAACAUGGUCGAUCUCUUCAACUCCAAGCACGACAAGAGGAUGGUGUUUCUGCUGAGCAGUAAAGCAGGUGGAGUUGGUCUGAACCUGAUUGGUGGGAAUGUUGUUAUACUCUAUGAUAUCGACUGGAACCCUGCAAAUGACCAGCAAGCUAUGGCCAGGGUUUGGAGGGAUGGACAAAGGAAGAAUGUUACUAUUUAUAGACUUUUGACUACUGGAACAAUCGAGGAGAAAAUCUUCCAACGACAGAUAAGGAAGCAAGGUCUGAGCACUUGUGUGGUUGAUAAUGGUGAGGAACAAUGUAGUUUUACUCAAGCUGAUCUGAAAGAUAUCUUCUCUUAUGACUUUGAGACUGUGUCUACUACACACCGGCUUCUCAAGUGUGAUUGCCAUGGUAACUACAGACCAUCUGAGGCAAAAGCCGAAAAAUCAGGGGAUCAGGAAAAGGAGAACAUGGCACUGGAAGAUGAAGAAGAAGUUUCUUUCAAUCAUGGAAUAAUGGAACUUAUGAGUUGGCAACAUUCCCAUCAAUCUGAUCCUAAUGUCACAUUUUCUUUUGUUAAGAAAACUUCAUGACUACAAUACCAUAAUACGACAAACUGCCAACUACAAACUGUCGGAAAUAACUUGUUAUUGUGCUUAGUUCUAAGAUUUCAUAAACUGUUAUCAAA